AUGUCUACCACCGAAUCGCCCCCGAGCUCCAAAAGCUCAAACUCUCGGUACAAGGACAAAACCAUAAAGGUGCUCGAGAAGGCAUAUGAGUCUGUCAGUAGCGUGGCCAAAGACAACUCAGGCAGAAAUCGGGGGCUUGCAGCUGGCACCGCUGCGGCCUUCAUCAGUUUGGGAAUCGAUAAACUCAAUGGACAAUCAUCUGGUCUCCCGUAUACUGAUGCCGAGAUCGAGGCAAUCAAGGAGAUGGCCGAGUCGGCUGCCGACGAAACUUCACUGAAGCCGUCGACCCAUUUCAUGGAUAGGUUGCUCGAAAGGCUCGUGAAGCAUACUUUUACUGAUGGAGACGAUGAAACAGAUCUAUUGGAACAACGGAUUACAGACAAGAACAGGACUUCCAGGCCAGGACUUUCGUUGCGAGUGUUGGGGCUGAACUUCAAGAAGUUGAGUUCAAAAAUGACUGGGUUCUUCGCUCUUCAGUAUGGGGUCAUCCAUGUGAUCACCUGGAAACGGCCCACCAAAACCCUCUGCUUUCUUUUCGCCUAUACAUCGGUAUGUUUGUGGCCACAUCUUGUAUUGGCAUACCCUCUUUUGGGGAUAUUGUUUGGAGUGAUGAUCCCGGGUUACGUUUACUGCCAUCCCAUGCCUUACCCAGAGAUUAUACGGGUGAAAAAAAGGGGUCAAUCGGUAUUGGACUUUCUUACAGACUCUGGAAGUCUGAGUAUUGUGGACGACUUGUUGAGUGACGAAUUCUUGGAAGCGUUAGAGGAAAAACUGAAUAUGUUGGCACUGGUAAGCUCCAGAUCAUCGGAAUCUUCUGCAUUUGCAACCAGUUUAUCGCCCACCCCCACGUCUUCGAACUUUGCUACCCCUGAGCAGGUAGACGCCUACCAGGAGAAGAAGGAGACCUCGAAGCGAAUUAAGAAGCAGAUGAACCUCUUGUUGAACAUGAGAGAUUUGCAGAACUUGACUACAGAUGUGGUGAAAGGUAUGGACAAAGCCGAGGAUAUCUAUUACGACACGGCUGGGUUCAAGGACGAGCAGCUCUCAACCCUCAUAGUGUACGGGCUUUUUGUGGCCACCACCAUUAUUGUUGUUUUGGGUCAGUUUAUUCCUUGGAGGUUGAUAUUUAUCCAAAGCGGAUGGGCUGCGAUUAUUCUCUGCCACCCCAACACGAAGAAAUAUCUCACGGCCAUCAAGCCCAAGACCAAGAAGCCCCCUCCCUUGCCAGCCCGAACCCCACCGAAAACCCCAAACCCUCUGCCAAAACCAUCUAUCUACAAUCAGGUCAUUGUGGACGAUGCUCCGGAGGUGAGAACAGUAGAGGUCUUUGAAUUGCAGUGCAAGACUCCCAUGAGCAGCUCCUACAGCCUAUACAACUACUGUACUAGUUUGUUUGAUGUCAAGGACCAUGUUAGAGCCAGUGGAAGGAAACCUAUUGGAGUGGAUGUACUAUCGAAAGUAUCACCUCCAAGAGGCUGGAAGUUUGAAACAAAGCUCGCCAGAGAAUGGGAGUUUGACAAUGACCCCCAAGCAUUUUUGACAGAAAGGGGGUUGAAGGUUGGUGGAAUAUUUGACAUCAGGAACAUUGAGGCAGACGGAUGGAUCUAUGAUGACACUACGGGCAUCCCCGACCUGGACUAUGUGUUUCGGCGGAGGCGGCUCUACCGCAAGUGCUUCCGCUACGGUCGGCAGGUUCCUCGAGCCCCUGUUGCUUAA